GAGAGAGAGAGAGAGAGAGAGCACUACUGUCUACUAGUACUAUACGCGCAAAAAAGACUCAGAACUGAGAAGGGAGUCAAAACACGCACACAAACACAUUCAAAAACCGAAAACCAAAACUCUCCAGAUAUGAUAGAGCAAGAGCGUCACGGCGGAGCGCCCCACGGAGUCCUGCUGGCGGUGGUUGUGGCGAUAGUGGUGCUGGUGCCGUUCCUGCUGGGAGACCGAGGCGAGGCCGUCACGGAGGCGAUAUCGGAGCUCCUCAGCCCCGUCGGCCUCCUCCUCCUCCCGAUCGGCCUCCUGCUUACGAUCCAGUUCCUCUCCUCCGAACGCGGAUCCUUCGUCGCCGCCAUUUUCUCCACCGGCGAGCCCGACUCCAUCCACCGCAUCUCCGGCUCAUCCCUCGGCGUCGCACUCUUCCUCAUCCUCCUCCUCUUCCUCCUUUACAACCGCGUCUCCAUCUUCGGCGGCGACGACGACUCCGGCGACUGAGUCUAAACGCUGCGUUUUCACCCGAUCUAUGUUUUUUUUUAAUCUCUUUGUUUGUUUGUACUAGUUCCUUUUGGAGUUCUUUUUUUCUUUUCCUUAGCAUUGUACGUUGGAAGGAUGGAGUGGGGUGGAUUUUGUAAUUAAUGUAGAUUACCCAGGUCAAAAAUGUCAUUUCGGUGGGAAUAUGUAAUGACGCGUCACGCUACUGCGCUGAACUCUGGGUUCUGAACUUCUGAACUCAAUGAAAUAUGUGAGCUUAAAUUCCAGAAUUGCCCUUGGAGCGUUUUGCUCACUUUUUUCUAUUUUUUUGAAAAAUAGUGGAAGCGUUGUUGAGGGCCGACGGAGGAGUCCGGUGUCCUUGCAUGGUUGGAGCCUGAGGAGCCAGAUCUUUUCUUUUUCUUUUUUUCCUGAGGAAUUUGGCUCUUUGAACUUUUUUUCUUUUCUUUUUGUCUUUUUCUCAUUUUCUUUUUCUUUUUACUUUUUGAGACGUUCCAUGGUUCUGGCCUUUCAUCAUGCUUGCACGUCUUUUCAUCACGUUUAGAACUCUUUUACCUUCUUUUAAUAAUGUAGCAUGUAAUUUACAGGAAAGGAAGAUAAUUUAUUUAUCUUAUAAA